AUGACUUCCUUAGCAUCUUCCGUGCGGACACGGAUCCCUAGGAUCGUGGACUAUGCCGCCAGGACAUCCUCUCGGUCUCUAUCUACCUCAGCGCACCUCCUGCGAGAAGGACCCGGGACCGGCUCGACCUUCAUACAAGCCAACGACCCUUCGCCUCGGAAGUUGACGCCCAAUGUCUCCAAGACCAACGAGACGCCGGUGGAUGCGAUGGGCAAUCAGGAUGCGCCCGUGCAAGAGUUGGCCCAUGUCGCGGAGGAACAGAGACAAAUGCAGGCACCAAACAGAGCGAAGCCGUGGUCAAGAAGCCAGAUGCCGAGGGAGCUGGCCAUGACCGGACCAAGAUUUGAACAAACCAUUUUCGAACUUCAGCCGCAACCGUAUGCUGCCAUUGAGCUGAUCCACAAACAACCUGUCAGAUGGGUUGAUGGCAAAAGCGUUGCUUGCGAUGGCGGCGGCGGUCCAUUAGGCCAUCCCAGAAUCUUCAUCAACGUGGACAAGCCGCAGGUUUGCAUGUGCACAUACUGUGGGCUCCCAUAUGCGAAAAAGGAGCACAAAAAGUAUCUCGAAUCGCUGCCGUCGACUCCCUAUCCUCUUGCGCCGACGGGAGAUCCUGCAGAGGUGGAGAUGCCAGCCACUCCCACGAUGAAGGGUGAAGUACAAGGCCAUUAUCCACUGUUGAAGGGUGAGCAUGAAGCGCAGGGUGUUGAUAAUCAAUCAUUACACCAGAGGUGA